UAAAAUAUCAUAAAAAUAUUCAUAAAACAUUAUGCGUUUUGCUUUCACUCCAGAGCAGAGUCUGCACAAAUAGCAUUCGGUUUCCUAACAGGUGAAAGUCUAAACUCAUAAAGCGUGCCACGUGAAACGACACAACUCACCAGAUUAGAUUAUUCCAGCUCGUGGUGGUGACUAACUGAAGUGUCAUUAUUUUAAGGCACGUAUUGGCUUCUGAGGACCAAAUCAAUCAUGCCACAUUAGGAAACCCUGCCGGGAAGGAGACGACAGAGGGAUUCUAUUGAGGAGAAACCAUGGGCUGCUGGGUCAAGCUGAAGUCCUCAGAUUGGGUUUUCCCUACCGCAGUCUUGUCACUCUAUGGUUUUUUUGCCAACUGCAGAAUCGCAGAGCCUUUCCUCGCGCCGUACUUAAUUGGACCUUAUAAGAACAUCUCCGAAGAAGUGGUGACCAACUACCUAUUUCCAAUAUGGACAUAUUCCUACCUGGCCUUCCUUUUCCCUGUUUUCCUGCUGACUGACUUUCUGCGACAUAAGCCGCUCAUUGUGAUCCAGGCGCUUUUCCUGGUUUCCAACUAUGUCCUGCUCUGCUUUGCCCCAGGACUACUUGCUAUGGUCUUCCUUGAGAUUCAUUAUGCUGUCGUGACUGCUACAGAGGUGGCCUACUUUUCCUACAUAUACAGCGCGAUUCCCCUUGAGAAUUACCAGCGAGCCACCGGUUACCUUCGCAGCGCCAUGCUUUUUGGGUACACGUCUGGUGCCGGCCUGGGCCAAAUUCUCAUCUCAUUGGCAGGGUUGAACUACUUCUACCUCAAUGCCAUCACUCUGGGCGUUGUAAGCGUGGCUUUUCUCAUCUCCUUCUGGUUGCCAAUGCCUCAGGGGAGCAUGUUCUUCAAAGGGAGAAAGACAGCAUCUUUGGGUCGACAAUCCCAGCAGGAGGUGCCUGGGAAAACGGACAGACCCGAUGAAACGGCAUUGGAUGAGGAGGACGCUAGCUCGGGGAAACAGAAGAUGGAGUGUGAUGACGACGCUGGCUGGUGCAGCAGGAAAAAUGUGUUCAGUGCAGGUCAUUUACUUUGGCAAAGCUUCAGGGAGUCCUACUCAUCAAGGCAUUUGAUCUAUUGGUCUUUGUGGUGGGCUCUGGCCACAGCUGGAUAUACGCAAAUAGUUAAUUACAUCCAACUAAUGUGGAACCAUAUUGAGCCAUCCGCCUCGUCAUCCGUUUACAAUGGUGGAGUAGAAUCCGCAUGCUCUCUCGUUGGCGCUGCAGCAGCCUUCUCUGUGGGUUACAUCAAGGUGAACUGGUCCGUGUGGGGAGAACUGGCUUUAGGGUUGUUUUCAGCCAUUGGGGCAGGUGCUGUGUUCUUGAUAGGACUCACCAGCAAUAUCUGGGCUUGCUAUGCUGGCUAUGCCGUAUUUAAAUCAUGCUACAUGCUGCUCAUCACCAUCACAACAUUUCAGAUUGCCGCCAAUCUCUCCAUGGAGUGCUACGCCCUGACAUUCGGGAUCAACACGUUUGUGGCCCUCUCCCUGCAGACCAUUAUGACACUUAUUUUUGUUGAUGGAGCUACAUUAGGACUGGACAUUGUGACGCAGUUCAUCAUUUACGGGAUCUACCAUGCUGUCAUCUCCGUGCUGUUUUUGAUUCGAGGGACCUACACUGCUUGUACAAAGCGAAGCACUCCAGAACCACCAGAUAACCUGCCAAAGGAGAGGAAGAACCCCGUGCAGGUGAUCCAUGAUACAUCUUUCUGAUCAUGGUCAACCAGUUGUUAAAUUGUAACAGUACUUGAAUGAGUAGAUAAUCAUACAAUAAAGCUUCAUUUUGAAUCCGUGUGCAUUCCCCAUGUUUACAUGCUUACCAAUUAAAGAUGAAAAUCGC